ACAAUCACAAUCUGUGCUAACAUUACCAAAUAUUUCUUUUUGGAUACGUCUUUUUUGUGUCUCAUUCUUUUACCUCUACGUACAUUUUUCAGCUUGUUUCUGUUUCCAGAAUCUGAGGGAGAAACCAAAAGUACCCAGAAGGAAAAAAAUGGAAAUUUUGCUUGGAGUUUGCAAAUGGGGUUUCUUUGGGUGGUGAUUGUAUAGGGAGAUUUGAAUGAAAAUUUUCAAAUGUUUCAAAGUUUGAAUUUUUAUUGCCUUCAGAGAAUACCCAGUUGGAUUUAGCUGAUUUUGGGUACCCUCAUUGUGUUCAAGAGAUGGGGUUUGUUGAUGGUUCUGAUUUUUGUACAAGGAGUUAGGAAGGAAAGGAGAUUUAAAGUUCUGCUGAUUAUCUUUUAGGUUUGGGGUGAGGGGAUGGAGGUUGAGAAGACACGUUCCAAGGGAGGAUUUUUUCACUUGUUUGAUUGGAAUGGUAAAUCUAGGAAGAAGCUGUUCUCUAGCAAUGCUGAAUCAUCUGAAGAAUCAAAACUGGUUAAACAAGUGGAAGAUUUUGGAAGAGUACGUCAUCCUUUGAUAGACUUGGAUGAAAGCAAAGCAAGUUUGAACCGCAAAGGAAGUAGUGAUUUUAGCUCUGCUUCAUCAGUGACUAGUGAUGAAGGAUAUGGAACUAGGGCACCUGGGGUAGUUGCUAGGCUUAUGGGUUUGGACUCAUUACCAACAUCAAAUGUUCUAGAGUCUUGUUCUACCCCAUAUUUAGGAUCUCGUUCCCAGAGAACGGCUCAUUAUGAGACUAAUCCUAAUUUUUGGAAUGGAAAUAACUCAAUGGAACACUCCAACAUGCCCUAUAAGCUUGAUGUUUUUUCUUCAAAUUCCUUCGAAUCAAGGUUCCACAAAGUGCAGGGUAGACCAAUUGAGAGAUUUCAGACUGAAAGUUUGCCUCCAAAAUCAGCAAAAUCAAUUCCAAUCACACACCACAAGCUUUUGUCUCCUAUCAAGAGUCCAGGAUUCAUACUAAGAAAUGCAGAUUAUGUAAUGGAGGCUGCUGCAAAGAUAAUUGAGGCAAGUCCCCAGGCAGCUAAUAAGAUUAGAGUAUCUUCAUUGAGGUCUCCUUCAGUUCCUCUAAAAAUUCGAGAUUUGAAAGAGAAAAUGGAAGCUGCAGAUAAAACAUUCAGAUCUCAGAGACCUGGUGAGCCCAGUUCAUCUAAGUCUGUGAAAAGUCAUCCUAGUGACAAGAGUCAAGGCAGAUCAGAUUAUACAUCUGCAUUUAGGCCAUCUAGGGAUUCUGAAAAACGUAUUUCUCCCAGUUCAGGGAGGGACAGAAAAUCAGUUUCACUUGCAGUGCAAGCUAAGGUGAAUGUUCAGAGGAGAGAGGGAUCUGUGGGAUCAGUGUCAAGUGGCUCUAGAAGUUCUUUGAACCAGAAGGAAAAGAAUGAUGUCAAAGCAAAACAGUUUUCUAGGAGCCAGACAGACAUGCAAAGGACUUCAGAGAAAGGAGUUUCUGCAAACAGGCCUAACAAUGUGCUGAGGCAGAAUAACCAGAAGCAGAAUUGUGCACCUAAAAAAGAUUGUUCAGCUUCAAAGGUUGCAGUUUCCAACCAGCAAGGCAGAAAAGCCAAGUCCAUGAAUGGAACUGGUAGCACUGGGCUCAAUAGAACUGUUAAUAAGGUUGCUGUAAACUCUGAAACUAGGAAGACGGUCUUAGUGGCAACUGAUACUAAAAAGGAGCUUUCCUUGUCUAGAAGAAAGAAUUUACCUGGAAAGAAACAACCUGAAAAUGGAGAUCUUCAUUCUGAAGGAAUAGUUUCUGGUAGUUCAUCUAUCAAUAAAGAUAGGAGGUCAAUUAAAUGUAAUGUUGCAAUUAAUGGGCACAAGAAUUGGGGUGCAGAGAAUAUUAAAACAGGCAUGGAUGUCAUUUCAUUUACAUUCUCAUCUCCCAUCAAAGGUUCUAUGCCUGGUCCUUACUUGUCUGGUCAAGAUACAGAAAAGAAAAACAGUUUUGUGACUGGUUCCUCUGCAGACAAUGAUCAGACAUGUUUGAGAAGUUCAGCAUUUGCUUCUGCUGGAUUUAAUAUAAUUGAUGAUGAUGAUCUGAGUGUUCUUGUGGAACAAAAGCUCCAGGAAUUGGCAUGCAAAAUUGAGUCAUCCAACUGUAAUGUGAUAAGAGAGAACAGUUCUGUUGGUCCUGCUGCUGCAUUCAGUUUGCAAGAUUCAGUUGCUAUGCCAUCAAUGGAACUUGAGAGAAUGCUUCAACUUAAUCCAGAUAAAGAUAUAUCAUACAUUGCAGAUGGCUCUGAUUGCUCCUUGACUGACAAUUUGGGGCUUGAUGGUAAAAAGAAGUGGCAGUUUGAAGCAUUGAAGGAGUGUGAUGACAGCAGCAACUACAGUGAGACCAUAACAGAAUUUGAUCAGCUUCCUUCCAGCUCAGUUUCUCUUGAUAGCAGCAGAAGUUGCUCAGAUAGCAGAAACGAGAUCAAAAGAUCCUCCUUGGCUCUGGACCAAGCAACCUCAAGUUGGGUCUCUUCUGUUGAGACUCAAGUGGAUGGUGGAACAGAGUUGUCCGACACAGCUUCUUCUAUAUCUUUGGGGUACAUUGAUGAGAAGCAUAUAACCAGAGCAUUCAAUCCGAUAGAUCCUAUGGAACCAACCGAUUGGGAACUUGAUUACAUUAAACUGAUGCUUAUAAAUGCUGAUCUAAUGUUCGUAGAAUUUGCAAUGGGCUAUACCAAUGAAGUUAUAGUCCCAGAUGUCUUCAAUCAACUGGAGAGUGACAAUGCAAAAGAGAGAAAUGGAGAAGACUACUCCAAGCUUUGCAGGAAACUCUUGUUUGAUUGUGUGAGUGAAUGCCUAGGCCUAAGAUGUGAGCAACUUUUUGUUGGAACCUGCAAAGGAUGGGCUAGAUGUGCAAUGCUGUCCCGGAGAAAGGGAUUGUUGGCAGGAGAAUUAUACAAGGAGAUCUCAAGUUGGAAAAGUAUGGGAGACAUGAUGGUGGAUGAGCUUGUAGACAGAGACAUGAGCAGUCAAUAUGGUAGAUGGCUUGACUUCAAUGCUGAAGCAUUUGAAGAGGGUAUAGGGAUUGAGAAAAUCAUAUUAACUUCUUUAGUUGAUGAAUUGGUUACUGAUUUCUUGCUGGUUUAGAACUCUUAUUCGGGUUGUUGAAUAUGUUGAGUUAAGCCAAUUUAUCUUUGUACCUUAAAACAUGACCUUACUUUGUAAAUGGUGGGAGCAAUUUGCAGUAGAGAGGAACACAAUAUGAAGGAAAGUUUGUAUGCAAAAAUAUGGCUGGAAUGAAAGUGGGGUUUUGAUGCCCUCCACUUCUUUUAAGGAGAACUUUCAAUCCUACCGUGCUGUAACCUGGUGGAACACACCAUGCUGGAGGGUAUUCUAUUGUAUCUAUUUUUUUCUCAUAAAAAUGUUAAAACAGU